ACUGUGUGCUGACACUGGCAGGAAAUAAGCUCUGACUGAAGAGCUGUUUGCUGGAUCUAUUUUCUGCCUUCAUCAAAGUCACUGUAGAGAGCCCAGUCCUUAAAAAUUAAAUUAAAGAAAAAAUUAAAAAGUUAAAAAAGUUCGGCUAGAGACUAAGUAAAUGUGUCCUUUGAGAAUAUAGGAAACAUUCGUUAUCCUGAUUCAGUCUAAACUGUCAUUGAUACAGAAACUCCUCUUCAGAGAAUCUGGGAUUUGCCUAAGUGACGACUGCAGGAUUUAGUCUAGUAAUAGCCUAAGACUUCUUGCUGUAUCAGAUGGAGGGUUAUAAGUUCUGUACCCCAAAAGGUGGAUAAAAUGAGGCUCAAAGCUGUUUUAAUUCAAUAUAUUGCACUCUUGGUUUUGGAGAGGCUAAAGGAAAGUUCUUUUUGAUUUGUUUAUUGAACUUUUGGGUUUUUAAUCUGAUUUAAACCUGUGACCUAUUAUUUAAACCUGUAGAUAGAAAUUCACAGAAAGCACAGUUCAGAUGUGCUUAAGUGAGUUUUCCAGUGCAUGGAAACAUUCCCAGCAUUAGGAAAGCCAUGUCUUUGAGUACUGUUUGAGCUACAGACAGUCAGCAGAGAUGUUACUGUUUCUGCCAAUUCGACCAUUGGUGUCUCUCCUUCACUGUAGUUUGGACUCAGGGAAUAAGAAAUUCAACUCUGAUAAAUAUAAGAUGUGCUUUUUCUUUUGUCAUUACAUUACUCUCAAUGGCUUUUUUCAUUGCCCAGCAUGGCAUCACCAGCAUGGCACAAGGUGACAGAGGUGAGAGAUGUUCUAAGUGUCGCAGCACAGUUCUCUGUGUCACGGGAAUGACUAGUCAGAAAUGGGGUGUGAGACACCAGGAAAGGAGAGGAACCUCAAAGAUGGAAGAAGCCAAUUUUGACAGAGGCCUACUAUGUUGAAGCUAGUUCUGUAUUUCUGCAGGAGAACUGACUCAGAAGGAAGAUGUUGUUGACAAGCUCAGCAGGAUUUAUGCUGUUCUUGCUCUCUCAAUGCACUGUGUCACUGAGCACCAAAGAGGCAGUGGUCCUGGCUAAUGCCCACCUUCUCCCCCAGAGAGACUAUGAGAGACUGGGUAAUGCCAAUGAAAAAGACUAUCCAAGAGAUUGUUUUGAGAUUUUUCAGCGCUCCAAAGGAAAUUCCAGAGAUGGUCUUUACAUCAUCCAACCAAAAGAGGACCCUAUUGUUGUUUCUUGUAACAUGCAGGAUGGUGGCUGGACAAUAAUCCAGCACAUUACUGCCAACAGUACUGUCGACUUUGACAGGACCUGGCAGGACUACAAAUAUGGAUUUGGCUCUGUUCAUGAGAACCACUGGUUAGGAAAUGAAUAUAUGCAUCAGUUAACUAGCAGCUCUGUGCAAUAUAUACUUGGAGUUAAACUUGUAAACCUAAAUGCUGAAAUUAAAUGGGGACAGUAUGAACCAUUCCUUAUUGAAGGUGAGGAAUCUCAAUACCGCAUUAGGGUCGGUCUAUACAAAGGUAAUGCCACUGAUGCGCUGACCCUGGACACAGAAGCCUAUCUCCAUGACAACCAGAAGUUCACCACCAAGGACAGAGACAAUGACAAUUACUUUCUGAAUUGUGCUAAACUGGAACUCAAUGACAUUCCUGGGGGAGGCUGGUGGUACGACGCGUGUGCUGGAGCAAAUCUAAACCGUAGGAACAUGAUAUACUGGCAAAAAGACUGCAACAAGCAACGCCUAUGCAAGUUUGCAUGGAUGAUGAUCAAACCCAUUGAGCACCACCUGUCAUCUCCAUCAAAGUCCUGCCCAUGUCAGAAAAUUGAACUGUAGAUAAGCCAUGUGUACUUUGAAAGGAACAUGGACUUUUUGUCCAGUGACUGAAGUGAACUCACUGACUGAAUAAUCACACUAAGUAAAUAUGGUUGAAAAUUUAAAUUGGGCCUCUGCAAGGGAUUUAUGAUAACAUAUCUUCCAGGACUGGACCAUGUCAUAGAAAUAUGCCAACCACACAAGUGAGAAACUGUCAGAAACUGAGGCCUCUACCACAAGAGUUAAAUAAACAGAAGAUUUAAAAAAUUGAUUUUAUAGUAUUUUAGCCGUAAGACAAGCCAGGUAUGAAAUCCAGGACAUGAUGUCUUAUACAAUAUAUACAUGAAUAUAAUUGCAUUUCAGAAGGUUUUGUUCCAGUAUCAAUGUUCAUGAUUGAUCUCCUAUAAUUGCACAUCUUCAUAUAUCAUGCAUGAGAGAAAUUUCCAGUGAAGUGCCUACAUUACAAAAUGCAUAUUGAAGAGUAUUGUGUACCACAGGGCAGCAACAGGCCUUUUCUUUCUAACUUUAGUGAACAGUAUUUUAAUUUAUAAAAUUGGAAUUAGCCUUAUCUCCCAUGGCUUCUUUCCCCAUUCACUGACUCUUCUUUUAUCUCUGCUUUUUAAUGAUCCCGUACACAUUGAAAUAUUCAGCAUAAGCUUUUCUUUUCUUCCUUCAAUUUAGAGCACCCAGCACUAAUGGGAUUGUCAGCUUUGCCAUUUAAAGCUACUAAUCCAAAGCUUACAAUCCAUCUGAAUAUUUCCCCAAGAAACUCAGACAACACAUUUUUUAAAAGAUCAAAUUGAUUUUGCAACUGUUUAUUUAUUGCUUCAUUUUUUCCUGAAUAUCACUUCACUUUGUUUACCAUGAUUUGACUGUUGCUUCUCCCUGUUCCAUGAUGUGCUUCAUCUUUCUCUUUUUUUUAAUACUGUGAGAAAAAAAGACAGCAUUGCAUUUAUUUCACAUUUGCUAGCUUCAAUUGUUUUGGUACUCAGACCUGACAGUAUUUAAACACUGCCUUUUUCUAAUUAUAAAAUAAAAUAAAAAUUAUA